GCUACCGUCAGCCCUGAGUAAUUUGCACCGAUGGUCUACGAUUUGUGCUUGCACCGAGCCGGCUAUCGCGACCGGUUACGCGUGUGUCCGAGGAAAACGUGUCCGGGGAUUGGCAGCUGCGACUGGCAGCGACGUGGUGGGAACGAGGCAUGGUGGCUGCCCGAGCGACGUAUAAAGAUCCUCGUCGCGAUCACCGCCAACUUAUUCCCCGACGUCGUCCAUCGGCUUCGUUUCGGUCACGCGCCGUUCAUCGCUCGCACCGUCCAGUCGAACGGAUCCGCGAAGUGAUCGGAACACGUCCCCCGAAAACGUCCCAAGCGAAAAGAUCAGUCUCGCAAGACCCUCCACCGGAAAUCGCGCGACGACCCACUGACAAUCGAGGUGGUGAAUUCUGUGCACUGAAAAGAAAACGGGAUGCCGACGUGUGACUGCCAGAAUAGAAGUCUGGACGAGUCGGAGGAGCAUGUUUGCUCGCUGAAGCCGCCGGUGGAGAAGGACAAGGCCAAGGAGCCCAGAGAGAACGUCAAUCCGGUUAGGUACAGCGAUGGCUCCGUACGAUUACGAAAUCCCAAUAUCGAACUUAUGGAUCAGGACAUAUUGUAUCAUCUCGCACUCGGCAGCGGCUCCCACGAUCUGGUUGAGAUGUUUGGUGACGUCAAGUUUGUCUGCAUGGGAGGAACGCCGAAGAGGAUGGAAAAUUUCGCUAACUACAUCAUGAAGGAGAUAGGUCACAAGCUACCAGCCGGGACGACUCUUCUCGACAUCACCAAAAAUUCCUACCGCUAUUCAAUGUACAAAGUCGGCCCGGUCCUGUCUAUCAGUCACGGAAUGGGUAUACCUUCGGUCAGCAUUCUGCUCCACGAAGUUAUCAAGCUGAUGUACCACGCGAGAGUAAAGGACCCAAUCUUCAUCAGGAUCGGCACCUGCGGUGGUAUUGGCUACGAAGGCGGGACGGUAAUCAUCUCGGAGGAAGCCGUCGAUGAGAUGAUGAAACCUUAUAUGGAAUUGUUGGUGCUCGGAAAAUUGGUGCGCCGACCGGCCAAGCUCGACCGGCAGCUGGCCCGCGACUUGAAGGGUCUGGCCCAUCGCGACGAUCCCUACGACACCGUGAUCGGUAAGACCAUGUGCUCGAACGACUUCUACGAGGGCCAGGGCCGCCUGGACGGCGCGUUCUGCGAGUUCACGGAGGCCGACAAAAUGGAUUAUCUCACCAAACUGCAGAAGGCCGGCGUGGUGAACAUCGAGAUGGAGAGCCUCUGCUUCGCCGGGCUGACACACCACGCCGGCAUCCAGUCCGCCGUUGUGUGCGUGACGCUGUUGGACCGACUCAAAGGCGACCAGGUCAUGGCGCCCAAGGAAGUGUUGGAAGAAUGGCAGAUGCGGCCGCAGAAGCUGAUCGCGCGCUACAUCACCUCGUACCUUCAGCGCAAGGGCCGCCUCUCUCUGGAGGGUUCUCACGGUUCCAUGUACGUGAAGAGUCCGCGCCGGUUCAAACUGGUGCAGCAGGAGUCUGAGAAUUACGAUUAAAUAAUUCUCAAACCGACCCGAAGAUGCGGCCACGAGGAUCUCCCAAGGUGCGAUCGGCUCGACUGCGGGAUCGGUCAACUUGCGCCGCACAAGCCGCUGUAUCCGUUUGUUUGCUCGCGAACAGUUGACCUAUUCGCGAAGAGGGUAGCGAUGAUAACGGCGUGUGCAGGAAAUACGGGAGAGUACGAAGGAUUUGAGCACAGGAAUGGAUUUGAACAAUUUACAUAUCGUGCACCAUAGGAUAUUUUUCGCGUCUCCUGAAGAGCGUAACUGUCGCAAGCGUUUUAUUUUUCAUGCAUAAUAUUCGAAUUGUUCAAAUCUGCUUCUUCGUUAACUAAAUCUUCCCUGUUAGAUAGAUUCCCGUUCGGAGUAUUUGAGACAAUUUUUUUAGAUAUUUCCAAGCACCGUUGACUUGUGAUACGAGGGUUACUUCAGAAGUCAAGGCAGCCAAUUCUUUCGGAUAAGUGCGUUUUCAAAUUAUAUAUAUAUAUAUAUAUAUAUAUAUAUAUUAUAAAGUAUACGCUACGUUAGUCAGAUCAGUUCUUUGUGGAGAGUUUUAGGUAACGGAAGCGAGCAAAAACGCACAAUUCGUACUUAUCGUUAGUUCUUUGUUCCGCGGGAACGCUGCUACCCAUCUCUUGCGAGAGUUCUACACGGUAGAGCAAUAGAUUACUCCAAAGUUUCGAACUCUGUAUGUACAUUGUCUCGCGUUUUCGCUCACUUCCCUUGCCUAAAACCCUUCCCAGACAACUGACUGACGUUAAUCGGUAGAGUAUAUCGCGUCUUUUAAAAUAUUUCGAAAUUUCUUCAAUAAAACGCAAUUUCCCGAAAAAAAAGAUGGGCUACCACGACUGAUGAGUAGGUGACCCUUGUAGUUAAAUUGCGCAAUCUUGCUUUGCAUUUUACCGUGCGUGUGUUGAAUAUUCAAUUCAAAUUAAACUUGUUUUACGAGUUCCUGCGUUCCGUAGAUUAUUGAUAAUAAUUGUAAUUAAGAGUUAUAUACAGUUGCUCGCAUCGCGAGAAAGCACGCCGCCGUUGCGCACACCACGUGAGAACGCGUUGAUUCCCCGAGACCUCCGCGAAAAUUAAUCAAUACCGAAGCGACCGCCAAAGUUUCACCGCACGUUUUCGCGCGGUGGCCCAAGUACAAAAUGUGCAGAACUGCGCUCGAAAACAAUGCACAUUUUUCCACGACCACAUAUCUUUCGAGGCCGGGUGCACCGUCCUUGAUUAGCGCGGCCUGUGAUCGUAAAAAGUACCUUUUCAUCCGCAAUAUUAGAUUCUACAAUUGAAUCAAAGUCAACUUCUCGUUGUUCGGAGAGAUCGAUAAGAAAAAAAUAGUUCGGUGCAUUCAAGACGCAUACAGAAUUAUAUCGCAGCUGCUAUGAAAUCAGGAGAUUACUCGAAAGACGUUAAUCAAAAUGGUGCGGCCGGUCACGUGUAGUUCUGUAGAGAUUUAAUUUUAGGAUUCGCAACCACACACGCGUUCGCGCAUUCGCCGAUUAAACGUACGACAUUUGGACGAUUUUUUCCCUCCUUUUCGCGCCGUACCAAACGAGCGACGACGAUUCUCUCUUCUUCAGGGAUUUGUAUCGAGAAAUUAGAUAAAAUCCGCCAACGGGCCUAUUUCGCGGUUUAUUAUGAGGUUUGCGUGUUGCGUCGAGAGCAGUUUCGAGAGAACUUGUAAAUUUAGCUGCGCGCGCCCGCCGGCGUGUGACGUACACACCCGGCGACGCGAAGAAUCUAUGUAUUAGCACUCUUAGCAGUUUGGUAGAAGCACACAUUCCAUAUAUAUAAAACAAUAUAUAUAAAUAUAACCAUAGUCAAACAACUAGAGCGCGUUUUCGUUCGAUUAUUAUCCGUAACGUGGGCGGUGGCCAUGCGUAUUGUAUAUGUACACAUACGCGCGACACAGGAAAUGUCGGAGACGACCCUGCCCUAAAUUACAUUGGGAUUGGAUGAGGAAUUACAAUAAAAAUAACGUUUCAACAGAU